AUGCUUAAUAGCCACAGGAAGUACGAGAAGCUGGAGAAGGAAACCGACGAGUUGAGAAAGCAGCUCAACGCCCGCGCAGCCAGCCGUUACCCGCUCACCCCCGAUACCCCUACCGCGAUGAUGCCGGAGUCUGUCGACACCGUUAAGCUCAACGGGGCAGCGGAUGCCUACACUGAUGCUAUCGACGCGGGACACACCGAGGUUACUGGCACUGACGCCUCGCAGCUCCUUUUCCCGGACGCCGCCCCCGACGCGUUGCCUCACCUUGCCCUCGCGACACUUGAGAGCCGCACAUCCAACGGGUCGAAGCUCCCAGACAUGGUGCCGGGAUCCAUCUACAAGAAUACUGCCAACGGACAGACUCGUCCUCAGCUGAUGCACCCUCCCGUCGGCAUGGGCCCAAUCGUCUCGAAGAAAAAGGAGUAUGUGAUGGCUUCUGGAGUCGACUCGGACCGCACCCUGCCGCGUACCCUUGGGGGCGUGACCCUGAGCGGGGAUGAGAUCAACGAGAUUUUCGGGCUUUUCUACCGCCAAUACGUCGUCUUCAUGCCAUGCCUCGACACCGAGAGCUCCCCGAACUUAACCUACGAACAGUCGGAGUUUCUAUUCUGGACGAUAAUCGGGACCGCAUCGAGAACCUGCGCUAAGAACCCGACGAUUUUCCCUGCCCUGGCCAAGCACAUUAUCGAGAUGGCGUUCCUGUCGCCCAUGUCAGAUUGCGGUGCGUGGAACAUUGUGCAGGGUUUGCUCCUCGUUUUGAACUGGCCGUUCCCCAAGGCAGACGGUGGAGUCGACAUCAUCUUCCCUCUGACUGGAUUGCUCCUUCACGUCGCGAUGAUGUACGGAAUGCACAACCCAGUGACCAGCCACGAGUUCUUCAAAACCAAGCAGCCGGUGCCUCAUAUUGCGGACAUCAGUCGUCGUUCGGAGCUGUGGGCUUAUACCGUUAUUACUUACCAACGUGCAUGUUUGAUGAAAGGCCAGCCUCCUCGUCCUCUGCCCGACAUGGCUCACGACAUCAACCAACGCAAGGCGCUGUAUCAGCAUAUGUCGUCCCACGUCCGGACGCGGAUGAAGGCACAGGAAGUCGUCACGCAGUGCGGCGCGGCGGUAGCUGAAUACGGAGUCCUUACCUUGAGCGCAGCGGACGAGGGCGGGCUGGACCUACUUCUGAAAUCGUACGAGCAGCGCAUCAACGAUCUACAUGUCGACUCAACUACAUGGAUGGCCCGAUUCGACAUCCUCGUCGCCUGCCUCAGCGUCCAAGGAAUCCACUUCCUCAAGAACCACACCCUCUACGCCGACAACCGCCUGGGCAAACUCGUAACCGCCGCAUGCGCCGUCAUCGACGCAGUCGAAGACAUGGCGCACGAACUCCCAUCCCUCGCCGUCUGCCCGUCCCAGGGCUGGUUCGGCCUCCUCCUCGGCGGCGCCAUUCUCCUGCGCAUCAUCAAAGGCCACGACACCGACGUCGUGGACUUCGCAAAGGCGCGAAACUACUUCAUGAAAUCGCUGAACCUGGCGAAACUCAUGGUCGUCCACAACGCCGACAUGCCCAGCAAGGUCGUCGCCGUCCUGAGCCACCUGUACAACAGCACCAAGGCGUUCCGCAAGCCCGAUGGCAGCGUCAUGAUCAACCUCCGCAUCCGCAGCCGUCUUGCUCUGUGCCCGAUCAUCGACGCCAUGUGGUGGUUCAAGGAUGAGUUUGACCCGCCGUUGCCGAGUGCUAGCGUGGAGGAGAACACCGAGACCCCGGCUGCGUCGGAAGCGGGCUCUGCCAACCACCUUUACGACGAUGGCUUCUGGACGGACCUCGAGUGGGCACUUAAUAUCCCCGAGUAA